AUGCCCAGAAACUGGUUUUCCAGCAAACGCGACGUCAAGUACGACAACUUCACGGAAGCAGUCCCAAGAAUAUGGGCCUGUCUCAGGUUGGAAGCAAAGUUGCCGGCAGGAAUGAUCGGGUCGGGAGUCAUAGAAACAGACCUUCCUGAUGGAAUGAACUUGAUUCUUUUGGUUGGCGACCGCAUCAAGUAUUCCUGGGCGGGUCUCGAGCUUCGUUUCAGAGACGACGACAGAAUCUUUCUUUCCUCCUUGGCAGGAUCAAAGUCGUCUUUCCAUUUGGGCUCGUUGUUGAUCAGCUUGACGCUCUCGAGAUCAAUGCUGUCCUGA